AUGCAUUAAGAUGUGACAUUAUUUUUUAAAAGGACCCAAGAAUUUCAGUGUGUCUAAAUGAUAGGAAAGCUAUUAUUCAAAAAUUAAGAAUUGAAAAUUUAGAUAUUAUGA